AUGUAUUGUACCUAUAUAAAGUCCAGACCGACAUUGGUUGAUUGGUCCACAUCGGUUAGUCCAGUUCCUAAGUCCAGCCGUAUAUAAAGUGACGCAGAAAGUGACGUGUCGCGAACAUCACGUUUUCCUCGAGUUGUCGGUGUGUUUAUCAGGUUUAUCUGCGUUAUUAACAAACGCAAUAUCGUGCAAGUUAUUGUACCACUGUCUUAUUUCGUCGUGACAUUGUCAAUUAUUUACGAAAAUGUCUUUUAUAUCGCCAAUGCCAAGUCAGCAAUUUCUUUGGAAUGUAUUUCAGAGGGUGGAUAAGGACAGAUCUGGUGCAAUCAGUGCAGACGAGUUACAACAAGCUUUGUCAAACGGCACAUGGACGCCGUUCAACCCCGAAACUGUACGUCUAAUGAUUGGUAUGUUUGAUAAAUCCGAUCCUGCUACAGGUAUGUUUGAUAAAAAGCAGACAGGUACUGUAAGUUUUGAAGAAUUCGGAGCACUGUGGAAGUACGUGACUGAUUGGGAGAAUUGUUUCCGAUCGUUUGAUCGAGACAAUAGUGGUAACAUUGAUCGCAAUGAAUUGAAGACAGCUCUUACAAACUUUGGAUACCGACUAAGCGAUCAAAUAAUUGACAUGCUGAUACGAAAGUACGAUCGAGCGGGAAAUGGUACAAUAUACUUUGAUGAUUUUAUACAGUGCUGUAUUGUUCUAUAUACUCUUACCAGCGCUUUUAGACGAUUGGAUACGGAUCUGGAUGGUGUUAUAACAAUUCACUACGAACAAUUUUUGGGCAUGGUGUUUAAUCUCAAGAUAUAAAUUAUAUAAUGCCGCUCUGCAAAUAUUUUUUUUCUUUUUUGCCCACGGUAUAUUUAAUAUUGAGUAUAUGCACUAAUAAUAAGAUGCCAAAUAAAGA